AUGACCAUUUUUGGGAUGAGACGGAGAGAGGGCAAUGCCUCAUCUACCCAGAUCGCGGUUCCCAGCACCUAUUUUCAAAAGCACCCUUCAGUGCCUCAUUUGCGCGACCAAAAUGAGUAUCGCGAUCUUUACCAAAAGUCUAUCGAAAACCCUAGCGAAUUCUGGUCAUCAAUGGCCACGUCGUGUCUGAAAUGGGACAUUCCCUUUGACCGAGUCCACCAUGGGAGCUUCGACCACGGCGAUCAUGGCUGGUUUCUUGGUGGGAAACUGAACGCCUGCUAUAACUGCGUGGACCGACACGCGCUCGAGAGCCCGGACAAGUUGGCCAUGCUUUAUGAGCGUGAUGACCCUGAAGGUGCACCUCAAAAAAUCACGCCUGGGUGUACAAAAGGAGACAUUGUGACCAUCUAUCUGCCCAACAUUCCCGAAGCAGUCGUCAGCAUGCUAGCUUGUGCUCGCAUUGGCGCCGUUCACUCCGUCGUGUUUGCUGGAUUCUCGGCACCGUCACUCCGAGACCGAGUGGAUGAUGCUCGUUCAAAGGUCCUCAUCACUGUCGACGAAAGCGUCCGGGGCGGCAAAGUCAUUCAAAUGAAAAAUAUUGUUGAAGACGCACUCACGGGCGAUGAAGGUCGCAAAGUCCAGUGUCCUGGUCUCAGAAAAGUCAGGACUUCUGGUGGCAUGAAGAAUGUGCCAAGUGGCCGGGUUAUUGUGAGCCAGUGCUCAUCGUUGCGCCGUGUCAGGAAGAUGUUCUGUGCCGGGGACGUUGGAUGGAUUACCUGUCAUAGCUAUCUCGUGUAUACGCCUUUGGUGCUUGGAAUCACGACUGUGGUGUUUGAGGGAACCCCGACAUACCCAAGCUAUGAUCGAUUCUGGCAGAUUUUGGAUCGAUGCAAAGCUUCCCACUUCUAUGCAGCGCCUACGGCUCUGCGGAUGAUCAGAAAGAUGCGGCCCAACGGAAGCAGUAUACCGCUGGAGAGACUGAGAGUCAAUGCAUCGAUAGGUGAGCCUUUGGCAUCGAAUGUGUGGCAGUGGUGCUACGAGGUGUUCGGGCGCAAAGAGGCGCAUGUUCUGGAUACGUAUUUCCAGACGGAAACUGGAUGCCACGCCUUUUCACCAUUAGCGGGAGUCACUCCUACCAAACCUGGCACUGUGGCUCUGCCCUUCUUUGGUUUCAAACCUGCACUGAUUGACCCUGACUCUGGAAGAGAAAUUGAGGGGGACGAAAGUCGAGGAUUGCUAGUGUUCAAGCAGCCAUGGCCGGGCAUCGCGCGAACAGUGUGGGGCGACCACGCCAGAUACUUGAAGACUUAUUUUGGGGGGCACAGUGGAUACUUUACGACUGGUGACAGCGCCUACCGAGACCGAGACGGUUGCUACUGUAUUUUGGGGAGAGUUGACGAUGUUGUCAACGUCUCGGGCCAUCGCUUGUCAACGGCCGAAAUUGAGUCUACUCUUUUGGAUCAUGGUGCAUUUGCCGAAGUUGCAGUUGUUGGCAUCGACGACCAACUGACUGGCCAAGCCAUAAGUGUUCGUCUGCCUCAAGAACCAGGUCGAGGUGGACAAAAAGGAGCUCGGACUAUCAGCAAAACAGCAUAUCGGGGAAACUAUUGGUCGCUUUGCAGUACCCAAGAAGUGUUUCUCGUGAGCGAUCUCCCUAAGACGCGAUCAGGAAAAAUUAUGCGUCGACUACUGAGAAAAAUGCUCGAAGGUGAAAGGCAUGAGCUGGGCGAUACUUCGACCUUAUUGCAUCCUGCGGUUCUUUCGAAUAUCAUCGACGAAGUCAAUGAGCAGGCACAACCAGGAUCAGAAAUCAUCAACACCCCAGCGAUUGUGAGCUCGUCAGAGAAAGACAAUGCGGUCCCGGACGGACUAUAUCCCUUCUCAGCGUAUAAUCUCACUUCUCUGGAUCACAUCCUCCCCCCUUGCCACAUCUUCCUGUUCCUCUCAUUCAAAGACGCCUCCAUAGAAGGCAUCGAGGCCCUGCGCUAUGGCGUCACUCGGCUCAGUGAAUAUUUUCCAUUCCUGACCGGAGAGGUUGUCCCAUCAAGUCAGCCUUCAAGGCAGAAAGAUUUAUUCGAAGUCAAGCCAGCCAGCACAGCCUCCCUUCGGAAGCAUCCCAUGCUCCAAGUGGCGUUCAGCCCUGAGAUGGAAAACAUUGCGCAAGACGACUUUAUACAGCAGAAAUACCUGCCCCUCCCGUUCUUGACAACUCCAGGUGAGCCAAUGCCUCUGGUGCGCUUCCAAGCAAAUGUGACGAGGCACAAAAUUAUCCUUUGCGUCGCGUAUAACCAUCGAGCGUUGGACAGCAUGGGCGUGUCGGUCGUGUUGAAGAUUCUGUCCGAGUUCUGCAGAGCGCCUGAUGCGGCACCCGACAGCCUCCCUACCAGUGACGCAGCUGAGAAAACUGCUCAUAAGCAUAUCAGAGAUUUCCAAGCCAAGGAGCCAUUGCCAUUCAAGUGGACUUCAGUUCCUUUAUCACUCGACCCAGUCCCACCAGCAGAUCCUAGCCAGGAGCCCGUCAGCCAGCACUUUAAGCUCAGUGCACAGAAGAUUGCCUUGCUCAAGGAUGCCUGCAAUACGAUGAUUACUUCUGAGCCUCUCGGCGCCCCUAGGAAGCUAAGUCUCUGUACAUCCAACGACAUUAUCACAGCUUCAGUAGGGUUCUGCGGCAACAAGGCCCGCCUAGAGAUUGUGCCUGAAGCUGCCUCACCACCAAGGGUCAUCAUAGCUGCAAAUGUUCGAAAGCAAUGUGGGCUGGCUCCAAAUUAUAUAGGCAAUGCGCUCGCGGCGGUCGAAACCACAUAUGACCCCCUCUGGCAAAAUCAUGGGAUAGCACAUCCAGGGAUCCCGACAAACUUGAGCCAGAGCGAACUAGGCCAGGUCUGUAGCAUUGCCAUCGCUCUGCGAAAGCAAAUUGAUCAACUCUCAGAGAGUUAUCUGCGAGGCAUCUUGCGCACUAUCUCCGAUAGGAAUAGCCUCUCCUCGUUUUUUCCAGCUUACGGGAAAAGCAUCAUCGUGUCAAGCUUGCGCUGGAUGGACUUUUAUCUGGACUUUGGACCUCUGGGGAAGGUCCAAAGAUACGACAUCCCUGAGACGAAAGUCAAGGGAGUCUGUUGGGUUCUGCGUGCGCGAGAUUUGGGGGUCGAUGUGGCGUCGCAGCCAUUUGAGUUGAGAUUUGUCCUGGAGAGAGGAGCCAUGGAACGUCUUCAGGACAACAGCUUGUUUAACUGGACGAUUAUAGAGUAG